AAUCGAACAAUAUUUACGACAAUGUACCGAACCUGUAUCGUUCGCAUCCGAAGGUCAAAUACGACGUUGCCAAUGGAUGCGCGCUGCAUUUUAAACAAAAUCAUGGCGUCUGAAAUUGAACCGGAGAAAUUACCUUUGCCACCCAGAGCUAAAAGUGUACCUUUAUAUCAAAAAUCUACAUCCUUUGACAAGUUUUCGUCUGAAUUUAUUAGCAAUAUUAAUUCACGACAGAUUCUAAAUAAGACAAUGCCUACACGAUGCCCAAGCCUGUUGAAUUCCAGUGGUUCCAUCUUUGGUCAUAUGCCUUCGUCACCUUUGGACAGAAUAAGAACAUCUAAGAAGAGUUUAUUUUUAAGUUCACAUUUGAGUCAUUCAAUGUCCGAUCAAAAAAUCCCAACAAACCAAAGUCUACCUGAGAUCUGGAGUGGGAUAAAUGGAAAAAGCGCAAGAACAAAGGAGGAGUUGAAAGAACGUGUUGUAGAUGAACAGUGGACAGGUAAUGCACUCCACAGCUUUUGUUUUGCUACGUCACCACAGAAAGGCAGCUUUUGCAGCAGUGUUCCUGAGUUUGAUAAUGUUCAAGGGUCAAUGAGCUCAUCUUGGCAAUUUUUUAACUAUGUUGGAGGUACAACUAUGGCAUCAACAACAGGAAAAAUUAUCAUUCGAAAUCCUAACAAGGCAAUCGUAACGUUCAACGCUAAGACAUCAGAGAUAUUAGUAGCCAAUGAUGUUGCAUGUGAAAUGUUUGCCUACUCUCACGAUGAUCUUAUUGGAAUGAAGAUGUCUAAGAUGUUUACGAAAAGUGACGAAGCACGGCAGGAAGCCUUGGUCGAGCAGCAUAUCGAAGACAGUGGUGCAGUCGUUAUGGUCAGCGGUAAAGUGUUUGAAGCCGUUGACAGCAACGGAGUUGUUUUUCCUGUUUCUUUGUGGAUGAAGAAAGUGAUCUGGGACGAGGAACCAAGAUGCAUUGCUGUCCUAGAGGCAGUUGAACGACAAACUGCUCACAUGACUUUUGAUAGUGAAGGUUCAAUCCUGGGAUGUGAUGAGCAGUUUGCAUAUCUGCAUGGAUACUCGUCGUCACAAGAACUUAAUCAUAUGAAUGUUAAACAACUCAUUCCCUCGUUUAUUUUGCCACACGUUGGAACACCAAUCGACAUGAGUAUCGAAAAACAGCAAGCAACGGGUCAUACAAAAGAUGGUUUCGCGUUUCCUUUGAGCAUCUCCGUGAAAGAAGACGAGUGCAGAUCGUCUACAUUUUCUGCCAUCGUCUGGGUGUUUUCAAAUAUCAGCGGUUUAAUCAGUGUUCUUCCAAAUGGUGAUAUUUACAGUUGUAAUAAAAACUUCACUUUUAUGUUGUUUGGUUAUACUGACGAGGAUUUGGUGGGGAAGCCAAUCACCGAGCUCGUACCAGCUUUCUACGAUCAUAUGGAUCUAAUUGACGACAGCAGUAUGCCAUUCCCGCCAAUAGAUGAAGAUGACGAUGUCGAGAUAACUUCUCGUUUGUCACGUGGUGAAAGUGGACGAGUAUUAACUUCAAAACGCAGCGCGGUCAUUUACUCAAGGGAAAUUGACUCUCCCGCCGCUAGUGCAAAGAGUUGUGAAAACAUCAUUCAACAGCGCGAAAAAAAUGAAAUUGAACAUGACCAAACGCAUCUUUCACCUGUGAAAAAUCUCUACAAGUUCACUUCUCGUGAUCUUGGUAAUCUAUUUGUCACUGGAGUUGGUUUACAAUUAUCAGAAGUAGAUAGUACACGUGCCACGUUGGGAGAUAGUUCGCCAAGUAGUAUCAGUCAAAGUAGUUUAAUAAACGAUGAUGAUGGUGCUGAGGGAAAUGGGAAUGAGGUACAUUCCCAAGAUUGCGAGUAUGAUAAAGUUAAACAUGAAGAGGAGGGUCUUUCAGAAGACAUGACAAAUGAACGAAACCCGUCGCAGAAUAAUAUUGAUGAAGUGAAGACACCGUUGUGUGAGAAGAAAAAUGAAGGACAGAGCAAAGAUUCAUUGCUGUCAGCGGGAUCACAUGACUUACCUUUGGAAAAAUAUGAUGAAUUACCUCAAGAGCUGCUAACUGUUUCGUCUCCUACACGAGAAAACGAUUCAGGUGUAUACACGGCAGAAGAUUUAUUCAGAGAUAUGCUAGUAAUGCGAGGGAAAGAUCAGAAUGAUGUUCGUCCUGUCUCAUCUCCUGACAGCGGAAGCAUCGGCACUUCUGGUCAGCGUUCUAUCCCUGUUCAGAAAUCCGGACCUCGCGAUCUUCUCACUUCCACUCCCAAUAUGUCCAGUGCUGGUGACAGUCCUUCUGUCCAGUCUCCAACUCAGCCAAUAUGCGAGGGUAUGUUUGUCGGAAGAGCUCUUCAUAAGGAUGGAUCUUCUCUCGGCCUUUUGUUUCAGAUCAAAAGAGUUGAACUUAAAGAUGGCCAGGUGUUAUUUUGUAUUUGGAUAUCCAAAGAUACCGAGGAUGAUGAUGUGAAAUGCGUACAGGGAAAUCAUACAUUUGGUUCAAGUCAUAGCAGUCUUUUUCUCUCGUCUGUGAAUGGAAUAAAGGAGCUCGGUCAAUCAAUGAAUGAACUGAGUUUGAAAGAUGAAAACUCGCCUGGCAGAGGUAGAUAUAACGAAAGGUAUAUUACAAUGGAUUCUAUUGGUAAAGGCGCUUUUGGCUUUGUGAAACUUGCAAGAAGAAAAUCAGACAAUCUAGAGGUGGUGGUUAAGUUUAUUCAUAAAGACAAAGUUUUAAAAGGUUCUUGGAAAGACGAUCCUGUUCUUGGCACCGUUCCCUUUGAAAUAUCGCUGUUGACAAAACUUCGACAUCCAAACAUUAUUCAGCUGAUAGAUGCCUUCGAAAACGAAGAUUUCUUUCAACUCGUAAUGGAAAAACAUGGUGGUGGGAUGGACAUGUUUGAAUUUAUUGAUCGACAACCAAACAUGGACGAGGCAUUGGCAAGUUAUUUGUUUCGACAGGUCGUUGACGCCGUUGCAUAUCUUCAUUCCAAGAAUAUUGUCCAUCGCGAUGUUAAGGAUGAGAAUGUAAUUUUGGAUGAAACGUUUACGGUCAAGUUAAUUGACUUCGGUUCUGCUGCAAUGAUGGAAGAUGACAAGUUGUUUUCUACGUUCUGUGGUACUAUGGAAUAUUGCUCACCUGAAGUUCUCCUUGGAAAUAGGUAUCGAGGGCCAGAAUUGGAAAUCUGGUCAAUGGGGGUGACAUUGUACACAUUGAUAUUUGGUGAAAAUCCUUUCUAUGAUGUUGAAGAAACUAUUAGAUCGGAACUUCGUCCUCCUUUUACUGUUUCUCAAGAUCUCAUGCUCCUAAUCUGUUGGAUGUUGCAUCCAGAUCCCAAGUAUCGUGCUGUCAUACAGGAUCUACAACGACACACUUGGCUUACACAACCUGUGGACGUUCACACGUAUAGUUUUGCUGAAGUUGUUGGUGGUAUUGAAGAAAAUGUCCGCGAAAUGCUUGAUGAAGAGCAGGAAAUUGAUGGUCGUGUAAACCGAGGUUCUUACUCUGAACACGAUCACAGAUAUCUACAAACAGCUUACGAGCAUUAUUUGGAAUCUGUCGAUAACGAAGAUCUCGAGGGAUAAUAUGCAAGAUUGUAUCCAAAUAUAUAUGUUUCUCCCUGCCCAUCAACGGCUGUAUGUUAAAAUAAAGAUUAAUUAUGCAAAAACAUAAUAUUAUUUAGAUACAUACAAAUUUUAUUGUAUAUAUUAAAGAACUGAUAUGAAAAUAGUAGAUAUUUUUCAGAUUUGGUGUGAAACAAUCUAGAGUUACAAUUGAA